UAGAUAAAUGAGAAAAUGGAGUCUUCAAGUGGAGGUAACAGCAUACCUAAAAUCAUGGUGUUUCGGCCCACGAUGGAGGAAUUUAAAGACUUCACUAAGUACAUAGAGUACAUGGAAUCAUGUGGAGCUCAUAAAGCUGGGGUCGCAAAGGUCAUCCCUCCUCCGGAGUGGUCCCCAAGGAGAAGUGGGUAUGAUGACAUUGAUAUCACCAUACCAGCACCAAUAAAUCAGGUUGUCACUGGUUGUCAAGGUCUCUAUCAACAGUUCAACGUGCAAAAGAAAGCCAUUCAUUGUAAAGAUUUUGAAAAGUUGGCGAAUAGUGACAGGUAUCGAACACCAAGACAUUUUGAUUAUGAAGAACUAGAAAGGAAAUACUGGAAAAAUAUCACAUUUGUGAAUCCUAUCUAUGGGGCAGAUAUUUCUGGCUCCUUAUAUGAUACAGAUCAGGACUACUGGAAUAUCAACAGACUGGGUACUAUACUUGAUUAUGUGAAUGGUGAUUAUGGAAUCAAGAUCGAAGGUGUUAACACUGCCUAUCUCUAUUUUGGGAUGUGGAAGACAACUUUUCCAUGGCAUACAGAGGACAUGGACUUGUAUAGUAUUAACUAUGUUCAUUUUGGAGCACCCAAAUCCUGGUAUGCCAUCCCCCCAGAACAUGGAAGAAGACUGGAAAGACUAGCUCAAGGAUUUUUCCCAAGCAGUUUUCAGUCAUGUCCUGCUUUUCUGAGGCACAAAAUGACAUUGAUUUCACCAGCAAUUUUAAAACAGUACUCUAUCCCCUUUAACAAGAUAACACAGGAGGCUGGGGAGUUUAUGAUAACUUUUCCCUAUGGCUACCAUGCAGGGUACAAUCAUGGAUUUAACUGUGCAGAAUCCACCAAUUUUGCUACAAAGAGAUGGAUUGAAUAUGGAAAAAGAUGCUUACAAUGCACUUGUCGAAAAGAUGGUGUUAAGAUCAGCAUGGAUUGUUUUGUGAAAAGGUUUCAGCCUGAAAGAUACGACCUUUGGAAACUUGGUAAAGAUAUAGCUCCUCAUCCGGAAGAUGACCAGUCUAAGCUCUAUAAACACAAGGACUCUGGUGGUGAAAAAGCAAUUGAAGCAAAUAACUCUGGUACCAUACAGACAAAAAGACAUCCCAUAUCAAGGAAGGCUGAGCAAUCACCCAGGAAAAGUAAAGGAAAAUCAAGCAAAACAUCAAAAAAGAGGACAGAGAAGGAAGGGGACACAGGUUCUGAGGAAUCCGCAGAGGAGUCAUGCGAUGAAGACAAAUAUGGAGGAUCAACAGAGGAAGUGUGUUCUGAGGAUUCCGAGGACAAACUGAAGUCAUCUGAGGCAGACAGUAAGCAGAAAAUUAACAUGUAUCUAAAGGAUGUGUCUAAGAAAAAGGAAAUACCAAAGAAGAGUGGACCGUCAUCUUUCCAAGCUGCGUUUGAAUCUUUAGUGGCAGCCCGUUCAGGGGCAUUAGCAUUGCGUCCAGGAAGUGUAGUUGAAGAAAUGCCACCUAAAAGACACAAACCUAAAAAGAGGAAAGCAGAAGUCAAAGUAGAAAAAGAUCAAGUUAAACAUGAUGCUUCAGAGACCACAAGUGAUCCUUCUCGUGAUGCUAGUAUGGACAGUAUCUCUUCAGUCCCAGUGAAGAGUGAAAAAGCAGCAGAUGACAGUGUAAAACAAGUAAUACCCAAAAAGAGAUCAAGGAAAGAAAAUCCUGGUAACCAUUCAUAUUCUUUCCUGCCCCUCACACAGACAAAUAUGACAGCCCAACAACAAAGUCAGUCUGACUUCAAUCGCAUUAAUUUCCUCAUGCCAACAAUAAGGUGGAUUGAACAACAACAAAUGCUGCAAAGCAAUACUAAAGGAAAACCUUAUACAGAGUCCCCAUUUAAUCAAAGUUCUGGUGUUUCAUUUGGUGAUUUAUUGAGCUCAACAGCUAAACAACCUAGUAAUGGCAGCAAUUAUGUAAAGCAAGAACAUAGAGUGUCCUCUAGUUUAUUCAGUGAUAUGCAUGUGCCCAAGUCAUUGACAGUUGCUUCUCCAACAUCUUUGCAUGGAACAGCUGAAUAUGUCAAAACUGUGAGAAUGAAGCCUACUGCUUCGGCGACCAUAACGAGUGAACCAAAACAAGAAGGAUCGCAAGCUUUGGAUCUUUCAUUUUCUUCAACAGCAAGCUCUGAGGGAUCAAACAGUGAUAACAAGACUGUGCGUGCAGAAAAUUCUGGUGUUUCAGGGACAAGUGACUUAAAAAAUCUUGAACCAAAACCACCGGAUAUUAUGAAUGCCCCACCUAUGAAACUAACAGGAUCACAGCAAAGUUUGUUUUCAAACAUGUCUGAAGCAUUUAAAUUGGCCAACAGUAUGUUAACACAAAAACCUGAAUCUACAUCUUCUUCUGGAUCAAAGUCUCCCCGCUCUUUGCUCAGUCCAGGAAGACAGAGAGUGGGGGGUACCAUGGGAUUGGCAGAGGCAGUGUCACAUGACCAUGGUGGUUUGGGCUCUCCCCCUUUACCAAGCAAUGCUUGUGGUUCAACUACCUGCAUUGGAACAUCAUCAUCUCUUCUUGCACAUCCCACUUCUUUACCUUCGCAUUCCAAUCAAAGACCACCCCAGGCUCACAUGAGUAGACCAUCUAAUCCCAAUCCUAGGAUCAUACAGCCAUUAAAUCCUGCUGUGCCAUCAACAGCACAAUCAAAUCUACUUCUGCAGGCCCUCAGUGGUCAACCUAAUCCGACCUCACAACAACAGCAGACUUUUUUAGUGAAUAUACCUGUGAUGCAUUCUGGUACUACUACUACUGGCAGCAGUACCUCCGUAACCCCUACUUCCACCAUUACUAAUGCAUCACAGGUGAAACAAAAAAUUGUUCUUUCAAAUGGGGUUCUUCAAAAUAAUGAGAAAACUUCAGGAUCUGGCACAGUUGUUUCUGCCAAACCCACUGUCAGCCAAUUACUGAAGGCAACCAGAGGAAUGACAAAUUCAGAAUCAAAAUCACAAACUUCAAAAACUGUGAACGUCAACAGCACUAUGAAAUAUGUCCAGAUGAAGUCUCCUUCAGGAACCAUUAGUUUAGUUCCAGUAGUUCCUCAAUCUGGAGGAAAUGCAAUCUUGCUACAGAAUCAAGCUGCCGCAAAUGUUUUGCAAAUUUCAUCCUCAUCAAUUGCAAAUUCAGUGACUGGGAACAUUAUUGUACAGCCAUCUGUGCAGAAAAUUACCAGCCCACUGGUACAACAGACAGUGACAACUCCACUAAGAAUUGCAGUAUCACCACAAGUUGUACCAAACUCUACAUUGUGCAUUGUUCCUCAGUCUAAAACACUUAAUAUGGGGAGUCAACAAAAUAUAUUAGCUAUGGCUGGAAAACCUCAAGCAACACUAGUAGCAUCAACUCCAGUGCUAGGACAGAAAACAGCUACUCUCCCCCAGUUUGGUGGAAGACCACAGUUUUCAGGAACAACUCAGUUUCUGUUACAAGGUGUCACACAGAUUCAUCCCACUCCCAAUGCCUUUCAGGUGGACCCUAAGACUCCACAUUUCCAAACCAUUGUGACCUCCAGUCAGUUGUCUGUUCCUCAGUCUACAGUGUCUGUACAAACACAACCAGUCACCAAUGUGGCUCUUAAGCCUUCUCAGGCCUCAGAUGCAUUAAAUCCUGUAACAACAACCAAAUUCAGUGGAGCACCUGCUAACAGUGGAUUAAACAGUGAUGUGGAUCAGACUUAUGGUGCCAUUGUAAGUCCAAACAAAGUACUUCAGCUAGUUCCCCAACCAAUUGUGCCAAUUUCCCAAGUAUCAGGUGUGACUUCAAUGACUACCACCACAUCAACCACAGCCAAACACAAAAUGUCCACUGACAGUAGCCAGGAGAAAGUUACCACAAAGGUACUGAAGAUGGAGAGUGAUAAUAAUAAUAUUCAUGACACUAGCAUGGAGAACAAAGUAAAAGCUGGACUUCUGUCCCCAAGUUCCAAUCAGUCACUUUACCGAAUGUCCAGUCCAGGGUCAGAUGACAAAACAUUAGUUCAGGUGUCCAGCUACAGUGCUUUCUCAGGGAAUCCUCCCAAUAAACGAACACCAGAUAUUUCUGAUAUUUCUGGAAGCAGUGGGCAAUUGUCACCCAACAAGGCAACUAAAAAGAAAUCCAAUGCAGCAACAUCCCCACGAUCUCACAGUGUUGAUGGAAAGUGUAUGAAAAAGAAGCAUCAGGAUGAAAAUAAAAUUCCGAAAUCCAAAGGUGAUGCUAAAGAUUCAGAGAAGAUUAGGUCCAGGAACAGCAGUGGUGUCAAAGACAGUUCUAAAGAUCAAAAUGGACGAAAAAAGAAAAGAAACAGUAGUGGUCAAGAUGCCAAAAAAGACAACUAUGAAAUUUCAGCUUUUCCAGAAAGAAUUAUGACAGAAGAGUGGACAAAGCCAGUGAGAGUCUUAUGGCAACAUUUGUUGCUGGAUUUUAAUGCAGAACAAGACUUCAAUGUAAAAAUUAGCCAAAAAUUGCCACAUUGUUCCAUUUGUGCAUUAUUUAAGCCAUUACAUAUGUUACUGGACAAGCAAGAGGACAGCCCCACAAAGUCUAAAAAGGGGAAGAAAUCCAUGCCAGAGAAAACGCUGCCUAUGAUACCCGAGGCCUGCUUUGCUUGCAGUGAAGAUAACCCCACUCCAGCUAGAAUUCAGGCACACUUAGAUAAGGACGGACUUAGUCAGCUGUUGGUGUGUGAGGACUGUAAAGUCUGUGUCCAUGCUAGUUGUUAUGGUGUGCUUGAUCUACCUCAAAACAAGAAGCUAUGGAGGUGCACUAGAUGUGUCCGUCAACAGUUAGCAGCAGAGUGUUGCUUGUGUUGUAUGAGGGGAGGUGCACUGAAGCCCACCAGUAAUGGAAAGUGGGCCCACAUUGUGUGUGCUCUUACCAUCACUGAGGUCAAAUUUGAUAACAUCCCUAAACGGGAACCAAUCAACAUCGAUGGAAUUCUCACUAACAGAGUUAGAUUAAAAUGUUAUUACUGUAACCCCCUACACAACAGUGAUAAGACCACGGGGGUCAGUGUUCUCUGUUCUGUGGGGAAGUGCUCCUCCUCCUUCCAUGUGACCUGUGCCUACGCUGCUGGUGUGUUGUUUGAGACCAGUGACUGGCCAUUCCCAGUAUACACAACCUGCAAUAAACAUGGAGCCCACAGGGAAAAGGCAUUUGCUAAGGAACGAGAGAUGACUAAUCUGAAAGUGGGUGAUAAAGUAUAUGCCAGACAUAAAAACACUCGAUAUUACAAAGCCAGUGUUGUGAAAAUUAAGAAACAGACUUUCUGUUGUCUAGAUUUUGAUGAUGGCUCUUUCAGUGAUGACACUUUUCCUGAAGAUAUUGUAGGGUAUUCUCCAUCUAACCUUCCACUAGUGGGAGCUCCUGUCCAAGUCAAAUGGACAGAUGGGGAGUUAUACGGAGCCACAUACAAAGGCACCAAUGUCGUGGUCAUGUAUUAUAUACAGUUUGAAGAUGGAGUGGAAAGGGACUUCAAAAGGCAUGAGCUUUGGACGUUAGACGAAGAGCUCCCAAAGCAUGUCCGAUCACGGCUGUCAGAAGCCACAGAGAGGAAAUACAAUUUGCUUUAUGAUGAUGAAAUUAAAGCAGAAGUUGGUGAUCACCACACCAGGAACAAACCCAAAGUCUCGUACUCCAAACUCAAUGGCUAAAGCAACCAAGGGCUGCUGUCAUAUCUGUGAUUUUGUAUAUAGGACAGUGAACUCUUAUGUAUUGUAUAGGCCACGUACAGAGAGUCGGAGAUAAUGAAUUUUACCUGUCAAUGUCAAUUUCUUGCAUAUUAUAUUAUCAGAAAUUACUGAUUAAAAUCAGUUAUGUAAAUUGCUUUUGUUAAGUAUUAAUGAAAUUGACAUGGAUACAUGUAUUUUUGCAGUUAAUAUGAUAGUUUUAUGCAUUGUGCGUUAUCCACUUAUUCUGUUAAGUGUAACCUCUUUCCAUUUGUAAAUCCUGAUUUUUGCAACCCUGCAGAAUACUUAAAACGUGAAAUGUUCACCAAAAUUAAAAGUGUGCCCCUGGCAGUGAUCUCUGUAUGCUGUAUAUAAUAAAAGAGGAAAAUUAGGCAGCAUUUAUUUAUUAAUGUUAAAUACGAUAUUUAUUGUACUUUUAUGUGUUGUUUUGACUUUUAUUAGUGUAGUGUAUUCUUUAUCAUGCACACUUCUUCAGUGAUUUUGUGUAUACUCUUCACGUUGUGAGUUGUAUGGAAUCAAACUUUUAGAAGAAAAUUAUACGCUCACAGGAUUUUACAAGCGAAAUUAUGCGUUGUAAUUUUUAUGAAAUAAAUCUGCAACACUGAUUGAUGAAAGUUUCCAGA